CUGGUCUUUUCUCCAAUAACAGUGGUAUCCUAUUUCUUUUGUUGUCUGUCCCUCCAGAGCUCCCACAUCAACAUGUCUGUAAGGAGGAGGAGGUUCUCUCUGACCAGCAGCUCAACAUGCCAGUUAUAACCUCUGUGGAAUCAGAAGCAAACCGUGACCACCAGCUCCUCUCUCACAACUCUCAUGGAGCUGAGAGUCAAGAUCAGAAAGGAGGCCAGCAUGGAGACUCAGGAUCAGCUAGAAAUGCAGAGCCAGAACCAAAGAAGAGACGACGCAAGAGCAGAAGUCACUGUAACAACGUAGACAACACUAACAUGUCAGAGGUUCACUCUAAUACUCAAACAGAGCUCCCACAGCAACAUGUCUGUAAGGAGGAGGAGGUUCUCUCUGACCAGCAGCUCAACAUGCCAGUUAUAACCUCUGUGGAAUCAGAAGCAAACCGUGACCACCAGCUCCUCUCUCACAACUCUCAUGGAGCUGAGAGCCAAGACCAGAAAGGAGGCCAGCAUGGAGACUCAGGAUCAGCUAGAAAUGCAGAGCCAGAACCAAAGAAGAGACGACGCAAGAGCAGAAGUCACUGUAACAACGUAGACAACACUAACAUGUCAGAAACAGACGUCCAUAAGCUGUCGGUGGUUAAAGCAGAGGUUCCCCCUGAGCAGCAGGGGUGGAGCUCCAGUCUGGACCAGGAGGACCCAGACCCCCCACACAUUAAAGAGGAACAGCAGCAACUCUGGACCAGUCGGGAGGAAGAGCAGCUUCAAGGGCUGGAGGAGGCUGAUAUCAAGUUCCCGUUCACUACUGUCCCUGAGAAGAGUGAAGAAGAUGAUGAAGAGAAAGCUCAGUCCUCACAGCUUCAUGAAAGCCAAACUGAGGAGAACAGAGAAGCAGAGAGAACAGGACCUGAUGGAGAGGACUGUGGGGGACCAGAACCAGCCAGGAACUCAGAUCCAGAUAGUCCUUUACAACCAGCUACUCAUGACAAGACUUCAGACUCCCCUGAAUCUGAGACUGAUGAUAGUGCAGAAUGGGAGGAGACUAGGGAACCUCAGACAGGUUUAAACCCUCUGUCAAACAAUGAAGAACCUGUAAGUGAUGUUGGAUGUAACACUGGAAACACAUCAGUUAGCUCCUCUGAAUGUACAGGAAGCUUUGGCCGCAAGAAACAUCUGCAGAAACACUCUGGAGCCCAAACAGGAGAGAAACCAUUUAGUUGCUCAGUUUGUGGUAAAAGAUACCUUCGGAAGAAAACCUUAACGACUCACAUGAAACUUCAUUCAAAAGAAAAAUGUUCCACCUGCUCAGUUUGCAAAGCAAGUUUCUGUCAGCCUGGCAAUUUGGUUGUACACAUGAGAAUCCACGGAGGUGAAAAACCAUUUAGUUGUUCAGUUUGUGAUAAAAAAUUUGCGCUGAAGCAAAAUCUGAGACGACAUUUGACUGUCCACACGGGAGAAAAACCAUUUAGUUGUUCAGUUUGUAGUAAAAGUUUUACACAAAAGAAAACUCUGAGACAACAUUUGACUGUCCACAGGGGGGAGAAACCAUUUAGUUGCUCAGUUUGUAGUAAAUGUUUUGCACAUAAGCGAACUCUGAGACAACAUUUGACUAUCCACGUGGGGGAGAAACCAUUUAGUUGCUCAGUUUGUAGUAAACGUUUUACACAAAAGAAAACUCUGAGACAACAUUUGACUGUCCACACAGGUGAAAAGCCAUUUAAUUGUUCAGUUUGUAGUAAAGGUUUUGCAGCCCCUAGCAAUCUGAGGCGACACGUGGUCGUCCACACAAGGGAGAAAUCUUUUAGUUGUUCAGUGUGUAGUAAAAGUUUUGCAUUAAAACAAACUCUGAGUCAACAUUUGACUAUCCACACGGAGGAGAAACCAUUUAGUUGCUCAGUUUGUAGUAAAAGUUUUUCACAAAAGCGAACUCUGAAACGACACUUGAUUGUCCACACGAGAGCUGAAUCUGAGAUCCCUUAAAUUGCAUUUUCAUCCCCUUUCGUCCCUUCCUCCCGCCUUAGUCUGCCCCAUCAGGGAAGCAUGGGAUAGACAGAGGAGACAUCCUUUCUCCUGAACCAUCACAUAACUUCGUCAGCUUCUGUGGAGGGAGUUAGCGAUGGCGUUCAGCUGCACGGCCAUAGACAGUUAAAGAAGUGGACCAACAGGUCCCGUUGCUCCGGACAGAGACCAGUGAAGUCUAUUAGAAGCUCUUCCCUGGUGAUGCUGAGCGUUACUGCGCAGACU